AGACCAGAAAAAAUAAACCACAAUAAUUAAACACAAAAUGGAAGUAAAGAACCUCAGCUUCUUUCUCCUUAUCCUAUUCUCCAUCUUCAUUACCACAUGUGUUGGGAAUGAACCCGAGUGCAUAUACAACGUGUACGUGCAAACGGGCUCAAUCAAACGGGCCGGGACACAUUCCACCAUAAGCCUAACCCUAGUUGAUGAAUCCGGGGCCCACGUUGUGGUUCCCAAUCUUGAAGAUUGGGGUAUAAUGGGCCCCGGUUAUAACUACUUCGAGACCGGAUACUUGGAUAUGUUUGCUGGGAAAGGACCGUGUUUAGACGGGCCGGUUUGCGGGUUGAAUCUCACGUCGGAUGGAUCCGGCCCGUAUCAUGGUUGGUACUGUGACUAUGUGGAAGUGAGUGUUGUAGGGGCUCAAAAGCCGUGUUCGCAGCAGCAUUUCACGGUGGAGCAGUGGUUGGCUACCGACACGGAGCCGUAUAAGCUCACUGCCGAUAGGAAUGUGUGCUCGUCGAUCGGAAGUAAAGAUGUGUGAUAUCAACGGUUCAGAUUAGUUUAGUUUGUGGUUUUGUCGGAUUGAAUAAGGUCGAAAUUGUGUCGAAAUAAAUAAAAACUCGAAUGAGUGAAAUAAAUGAAAGAAUUGUGAUGAUGGAUGUUGUUUGUUUUGGUAUUUUGAGUUUCUUUGUCAUUAGCAAUUCUUGGUUGUUUUCUUUCUUUUUCUAAUAUAAAUCAAAUCAGUCACUUGUUAGUGUA